AUGAGUCGACGGCAACCUGAACAUCGUCAGUCCUGCAUCAAUCAACCAUCAGAACAGACGACAGUCAACGACGGCACUGCAAGCAUGGACGUUAAGAGCCAGCUCCUAGAACUGUGCGGCAUAACGGCAAGAACUGAAGCGAGCAGCAGCAGCAGCAUCUGGGACAUUAAUCCGACCAGCGACGACACUCGCCAACGAUUUGCCUCCGUUAAUUCUCUACUCAAAGACUACGCUAGGGGCUUCACCUUGACGGAUAAUGUCGCCGAUCUCCCAUCCCGCAUCCGAGUCGACGCGAUCCUGAUAAUGUCUCUCGGUAUCGCCAAGGAGAAGUUUCUCGAAAGCUUAGCUGGACACGCCCGUUGUGAAACGGAAAAGCGGCUGGAAACGCUCUUCUGGAGCCCCGACCAGUUUAUCUCUGUGCCAGAGCCCCUCUUGAGUCCAUCCGGGAUUCAAUAUCCGGCACUUGACUACGUGUUGUGGUUUGGAGAUACCAGAAAGCUACAAACGAACCUGGUUGUUCUACGAGUUGACGAGUCGCUGGAUCAGGUGGUGGAGGAACAAUACUGUUUAGCGGCACUCGCUGCAACGUGUCAGUCACUCAUUGUCGCGUCAAGAACAGUCAAGUAUAUGCUGACUAGGUCCCAGGUCAUGAUCCAUCACGGUCGGGCCAAGCGGCCCGUGAUGCAAGGAACGUACGGAAUCGUCACUGAUGGCUUGAGAUGGAUCUUCCUCCAUGUGAAUAAGGAGGGCGAGUAUUCAUCCAUCAAGCUGAAUUGGAUGGACGGUAACGAGCACACUAUUGUUGGUCUAAUCGGCAGAAUCAUGGGCCAGGCAGUCGCAGUGAAGAUACAUUUUGAAGGCGCGGACUUGGAUGGAAGCUGGUCACCGAUGUCAAGGACGUGGGAUUCAGGAGAGCUUUCGCUUGAGAUGUUGGAGGACAGCUCGAUCUUACCUCAAAGACCGUACACCGUCCACAUGCUGCUUGACUACACCGCACUUCACGGCGACCGCCACGAACACCGUCUCGAUGAGCCCCAUCGGGCCGCCAAACAGGACCUCCAGAACCGACUCUCCGUGCGGCAGCAAAGGGAUAUCGAAACCGUCGCGGUCACCAGUAUCGAUCCGGACGAAGUGUUCCGAAUGUUCCGGUUGACCCGCGAAGUCCACCCUCCAGACUACUGGAAAGUAAAUCACUGGGAGAGACGCCCGGUCUCCCCUCAGUUGGGCAAGUCCAAUCGAAUCGCGCAUGUGUUCGGUUGGGCCGAAGGGAAUAAGGCAGCUAUCAGGCUAAUCAUUGACGCCGUCUUUUUGGACGUUCUGAAAUCCCUGAAGGACGAAGCUGGUCAAUACGAAGGAAACAAGGGCAAGGGCAAUGGCAAGAGACCUUCAAGAGAGAGGACCCUAAGCCUAGAGGACAUCCGAAUGGAUGUCGGAGGAGACAUCUCGUGCAUUUUCCCAACCAGCCAGGAAGGCAGCAUCGUGAACAAAAGGAUAUCCGGUCGCAUGGAUUACAACAUGUGCUACGGCCAGUCGAAGAGAGCAGAAUGCAAUCUAUUAGUCGUGGAGGCUAGGCAGAAGCUGGAUUUGAACGCUGGCCUAUACCAGGCCAUUGCCUAUAUGGCCCUAAUUCAACACGCCCGUUCCAACGCCGGCUACACCGACAUCCCGAUUUAUGGAAUUGCAACUGAUUCGGUGGAUUGGAAUUUCAUCCGCAUGGACGGGAACAACAAGGUGGACGUUGAACAGUUCAACUGGGACAAGUCGGCGGGCUCGCACAUCGUUUCCUUGCUCCGCAAGGUCAUCCGCGGGGCGUCACUUCUUACCAAUAGUAAUGGCACCCCACUCUAG